UACGGACCGAUCAUGGGUGACUGGAGCUUUCUGGGUAAUAUUUUAGAGGAAGUUAACGAGCACUCUACGGUGAUCGGCCGGGUGUGGCUCACGGUGCUCUUCAUCUUCCGUAUCCUCAUCCUGGGCACGGCGGCGGAGUUCGUGUGGGGCGAUGAGCAGUCUGACUAUGUCUGCAACACACAGCAGCCCGGAUGUGAGAACGUGUGCUACGACGAGGCCUUCCCCAUCUCCCACAUCCGCCUGUGGGUGCUGCAGAUCAUCUUUGUGUCCACACCUUCUCUGGUGUACGUGGGUCACGCUGUGCACCAUGUCCACAUGGAGGAGAAACGCAAGGAGCGCGAGGAGGCAGAACUUAGCCGACAGCAGGAGCUGAGUGAGGAGCGUCUCCCUCUGGCACCUGACCAGGGAAGUGUCCGCACCACUAAGGAGACCAGCACAAAGGGAAGCAAGAAGUUCAGGCUGGAGGGCACCCUGCUGAGGACCUACAUCUGCCACAUCAUUUUCAAGACACUGUUUGAGGUGGGCUUCGUUGUGGGCCAGUACUUCCUGUACGGCUUCCGCAUCCUGCCCCUGUACAAAUGCAGCCGAUGGCCCUGCCCCAACACGGUGGACUGCUUUGUGUCUCGCCCCACGGAGAAGACCGUCUUCAUCAUCUUCAUGUUGGCUGUGGCCUGUGUCUCACUCUUCCUCAACUUUGUGGAGAUCAGUCACCUAGGCCUGAAGAAGAUUCGCUUUGUCUUUCGGAAGCCAGCCCCGGCCCCAGCCCAGGGUGAGGGCUCGGCCCCCCUGCCGCUGCAAGGGAAGAGCCUGCCCCCCCUGGCUGUGCCCUCCCUGCAGAGAGUGAAAGGUUACAGGCUGCUGGAGGAGGAGAAAGCUCCCCCCAUGACUCACCUCUACCCGCUGGCUGAGGUGGGCAUGGAGGCUGGCAGAGGGACCCCACCCUUCCAGGGGCUGGAGGAGAAAGUGGAGGAGCCCAUGCUGCCCAUGGAGGACAUCUCUAAGGUGUAUGAUGAGACUCUGCCCUCCUACGCCCAAACCACUGAGACAGGGGGGGUGACAUUACAUGAGGAGGAGCCCGAGGAGGUGCAGCCGGCGGAGGCGGAAGCCGAGAGGGUGGAGGAGGUUGUGGAUGAGGAUGUGGAGGUAGAGGAGGCGGUGAACGGGGAGGGGGUAACUCCAUCAGAGGCAGGGAUGGAGGCCACGGAUACGAUAGAAGACACCAGACCGCUGAGCCGACUGAGCAAAGCCAGCAGCAGGGCCAGUUAGGCACCGACUUUCAUUCAUUCAGACAACGACAUACUGCAAAUGCAGCAUGUGGCUGCACACGGCACGGCGAUGGAGGAUUUUUCUAAACAUUCAGGCAUCAAAAGGACCUUUUCUCUGAUAUGCUACAUGUUCUGGAUUCUCUCACCAGCAGAAGGAAACACCAUCUCUGAGUUGGUUGGCAGAAGAGUGACCCUGCACUGUAAGAACACAUCAAUUAGUACGCUCAGUCAGCUGACAUGGAAAAUGAACGGGAAUCUACUCUUCAGUUUCAGACCAAACUUCACCUUACACACCAGUAAUACAUCUUCCAAACUGAGCAUAAACAUGUCUCUAUCAGAGAGCCAACUGUACGCACUGGUCAUAGAGAGAGUCCAGAAGUCUCACACAGGAAACUACACCUGUGAGACCAACACUCUGACAGGACUUUGGGAAGAGAAGUGGGAGCUGAUAAUUACAGAGGGCGAGGAAGCUGAACAUCGAAAAAUUAUACAGUUUGCUGUGGUAAUUGGUGUUCCCUGCGUGAGUUGCUUAAUCUUAAUAAUUGCUGUGAUUGUUCUGCGAAGAGUCUACAAACAGCGUGCAGAAAAUAGCAAAUAUUCCCCCACUGCAGAUAUGCAGCAGCAGGAGCCAACUGAAGUUAUUUAUGAUAACUGCCUGAACAAUCUUCAACAUCCUGGCUACAAUCAAUCUUACCAUUACAAACCCAGGGCUCACUGAUAUGAAGGGCAACAAUCUAAAAGGGAAAUACCAAAAGGAAGCGAGUACUGGAAGUUGGCAACAAUCCAUGUUUCUGGAGUAGAAACACAUUGUAAACACCUUCUGUAGCAGUGAAGUAUUUUUGGUGUGUGGUGUUUGGUGCCGAGCUGGUAGUUUACAGAUGCUUUUUAAAGAUAUUUUUGUUGUUGCUGAAAACAGAUGUCUGCUACAGCUUUAAACAAGGAUAGUCAGAGGGGCAUUGCAGGUCACAGAUUGAAAACAAUUGGGAAAUAAUUAAUAAAUAAUAAUAAUAAUAAAUAAAAUGCUCUGUAGAGCUGAGAGGAAGUGUAGAAUCAGGUGAUCGUUUUCUUUGGCUAGGGUUAGAGUUACACACUGUCAGCAGCUUGAAAAGAUGCAUGCAUGGGUCAAUGGAAAGUAGAUGUCAAUCAUUCGUGGUUAGACAAGUUAAAUGUCAUAGAUGCUUGACAUUAAAAAUAUCUGAACAAAUGAAAUAAAACUAACCACAUCCCACACAGGAAAACCACAUUUUCUGUCAUUUAAUGAGUAAUAUAUCUUUUAUUAGACCCUCCCUGACUCCUGAACGCCCAUUUCUUUCAAACAACACGACUCCAGGCUUUUAAUUUAAAAUAUUACAUUGUGGAGUGGAAGCAUUAGUAGCGCUACGAGGCAAUGAUCUUCUGGGUCCGCGUUUUUUUUGUCUUAUGCACGUGGGCAACAUAAUAAAUUUCCUGCCAUUCGUUUCCAAUAUUCUGUUGAUAGACAGCUGGUGGCAGUAAUGUGCCAUUGAAUAAGACUUCCAGCAAGUAAACAUGGAUGUAAACAAAAUUUUUAAAAAUGAAGAAAAAAAAAUGGCUUUGCAAAUGUUUUACGAGGAAGGAAAAGCAUUCAAUUUGUUAGGCCUCACAGAUAAACACAAUGCUGAGUAACACUGAAUGUAAACAUAUCUUUUGUUUCUUUAUAAUAAAUUCCACUUGAGGCUGCUUUUAGUCUUAAGACCAAGCCAAAACCUUGACAACAAUCAAUUUUUUUAACUUUUAAACUAAACCUUUUAAACUGAAAGGGAGUGCCCCUUAAAAGAACAGGUUCAGAUUUUUUGUAUGCGUUUCGGGAGAGUUAUGGGUUGUGGAGUGGGAGACUUGAAUGUGACACAUUCAGCAGUGUGGUGAUCAAAAACAUGUCUCUAAUCACAAGACUUACAGCCAAGCGAUAGGAUACAGGAUAUUUUGUUUCCAAGGGUCUGGCCUGUGGCAGCUGCCAUUUCCUGCUAUGAUCUGUUCUUCAACUUUGUGGAUGUAUGUUUGUUGAGUCAAUAAAAAAGUAUGUUUUAGGGCAAGACAAUUCUGAAUCACUGAAAUACUGUGUGAGAUCCAGGGCAAAACUCUUCUGCCACUGUUUAAAACUGGGAAUGGCAAUUUAUUUCAGACUUUGUCUUAUAUUUGUGGAAAUUGUUUUUACACCAAUCAAUAAACCAAAUGCUCUGAUAAACAAAAAAA